UCUAAAUAAACUUAAAUGGGCACAAUUGAUUCAGUUUGAAUGAAGACGGUAAAGGGGUUAGAUCAUUUGCGCUACUCGACGUCUAAUUAUAAAGAAACAGCUGUACGGCUACAGUUCCUCAUAAGAUUUAACCAGAUUGCAUACAGGGAGAAAGACUGCAUAGGCAACAACAUGCGGUUAUUCCUUCUUCUCACAGCGGUUGUCACCGCCGUGUGUGCACAAAACUCGUAUGUCGUCAUCGCCCCGUCAACGAUCCGCCCCAACAUGGACUUCACCGUCAGCGUCAACAUUCUCAAGGCCACCAGUGACGUCAGGGUCGUCGCCAAAGUUCUAAUGGAAGACACUCUUGUGGCUAGCGCCGAGAAAGUCUUCAAAUCGGGUUUCCCUGGUAUGAUCAACAUAAAACUGCCCGCUGACCUGCCCAACAGCGGCUACAUGCUCAAAGUCGUUGGCAGCGGUGGUUUGGUGUUUUACGAGUCUGAGAGUCUCAGCUACAACAGCAAAGAGGCUUCGUUGUUUAUACAGCUGAAUAAGGCCAUCUUUAAGCCUAGUGAUACAGUGAAGUUUAGAGUGUUUGGCGUGUAUUCUGACUUGCAGUCGUACAAAGGAACAAUGGACAUUUCCAUUUUUGACGCGCAAAACAACAAGAUCAAACAAUGGGUCAAGGUCACUGCAGAGGAAGGCGUCUUCACUCAGAAGCUGACGCUGUCGUCUCAACCAGUUCUUGGAGACUGGAAAGUUGUCGUGGAAGCUGGCACCAUGAAAGAAGAGAAAGCAUUCACGAUAGCUGAAUAUGUCCUUCCCCAAUUUGAUGUUGAGGUUAUUAUGCCCUCGUACGUUUUAACCGGCGAUUCUGACGUCAUGUUUACCGUUAAAUCCAAAUACACCUAUGGUAAACCCGUAAAAGGAAACGCCAACGUCCAAGUAAAAUUACACGAAAGUCGCGGUACAUCAGACUACUCGAUGGCGACACCGGUGUACUUAGUCAGUUUACCUAUUGACGGGGAAAUAAGGGUGACGGUGCCAAUGUCGAAGGUCAAGGGCAUUCAAGACGAACUGGAUGAGCUCGCUCUAAUCAUUAUCGCCAAUGUGACAGAGUCUUUGACCGGAAACCAGGUGUCCAGUAACGGAACCGUCACCAUGUACGACAAAGGUGUGAAACUUGAGUACCCGGAGAACAAUCCCAAGACCUUCAAGCCUGGUCUACAGUACAUUGCUUAUCUAAAAAUCUCACAACCGGAUGGACUUCCGGUCAGUUCAACCAGUGACAAAGUCAAGGUCAGCAUUAGGGUUAACGACUACUGGGGCCGUCUUUCUCAAGGUGGAAACCUUCCUGAACAGACCCUGAGCGUCCCUAGCAACGGUCUGGUAACCAUCUCGGUACAGACACCAUCAAACGCCCACAAAGUCAUAAUUACAUCGGAAUUCCGGGGAGUGUCCAAAAAAUUGGUCUUAGUAAAGAGUCACUCACCAAGUAACUCGUACAUUCAACUCUCCCUGGGAUCAUCUUCUAUAAAAGCAGGGGACACAAUCUUACUUUUCAUCAACGGUACUGAAGAAUUGUCGACCCUUGUUUAUCAGGUGAUAUCACGAGGCAACAUAGUAAAAUCUGGAACAAUAAAUGGCAACAACCAGAAGAGCAUCCCUUUCUCCAUCGUCUCUGAGCCCAGCAUGGCGCCCUCUGCCAGAAUCGUCGUCUACUACGUCAGACCAGACGGUGAAGUUGUCCCAGACAGUAUCAGCUUCGACAUCAGCGGUGCUUUCAAAAACAAGGUGACCGUUGACCUUGAUAUGACUGAUGUUGAACCAGGAGAUGAUAUUACUGUCAUCACCACUGCUGACCCAGACUCCAACGUCCAUUUAUUGGCCAUUGACCAGAGCGUUUUGUUACUUAAAAGCGGAAACGACGUCACAGCUACAAACGUUUAUACAGAUCUUAUGAAAUACGAUACUAUAAAAAAGCAGAAACAGCACGAUAAUUAUUUCCCCUGGUGGGGUUAUCCAGUAUUUAAUGGCGGCAGUGACGCACAGCAGGUUCUAGAGAAUGCAGGAGUUGUUGUGCUUACAGAUGCGAAUGUUUAUCGUCGCCCCAUACCAAAACGUUGGCGAUUUCCUGGCUUCAGACCUAUUAUACCACUACGGAGAAUAUCUAGUUCUUUUGGCGAUAAUUUCGAGACUGGCAGAGUUGUGUCUCUUACUACAAACAUUGAACCAGCGCUUGCAGAAAAAAACACCGCGACCUCAGAAUCGUUAAUGGAACCAGCCCGUGUCAGGAUGACCUUCCCUGAGUCUUGGCUCUGGUCUGAUGUUUUUGUUGGGGAUGACGGCUCCGCCUCCAUCACAGCCACAGUACCAGACACCAUUACGUCAUGGGUGGUCAGCGCCUUCGCCAUCAACUCAAACUCGGGUCUGGGCGUGGCCCCAACACAAGCUCACCUGAAAGUCUUCCGACCGUUUUUUGUCAGCCUCAACCUCCCCUACUCUGUGACUCGUGGUGAGCAGCUGGCACUUCAAGCAAACGUCUUCAACUACCUGGCAGACGAUAUAAAGGUACGCGUGACCCUGGUCAAGUCUAAACGUUUUCACAACAUUUUUAUUGACGAGACAGGAAACCAGGAGCUGAAACAGGUUGAUGUUGUACAGGAUGUUAUGGUCAAGGCUGGUCAGGCCAAGUCUGUGUAUUUCCCCAUCGUCCCUGCUGACCUUGGUAGAAUUGACGUGGAGGUCAAGGCCCAGUCGUCCAAGGCCGCUGACGCUGUACGUAGACAACUCCUGGUUGAGGCCGAAGGAGUCCCCAAAGAAUACAAUGUUCCUUUCCUGAUAGACCUGACAGAGGACAAACCAACUUUUUCUAAGUCCAUUAACCUCACUCUGCCUAACAACUUUGUCAAAGGGUCUGAAUAUGCUACAAUAUCAGCUGUGGGUGACCUGAUGGGUCCAACCAUCGCUGGACUAGACUCCCUGCUAAAGAUGCCAACCGGAUGUGGAGAACAAAACAUGGUCAGUCUGGCACCGGAUGUCUACGUCACAGACUACCUUAAGGCCGUCAAUCAACUGAGAGAGGACAUCAAGACGAAGGCCAUCGGAUUUAUGGAGACAGGCUACCAGAGACAGUUGACCUACAAACACAGUGACGGCUCGUUCAGUGCUUUUGGCGAGGGAGACAAGUCAGGAUCCAUGUUUCUGACAGCUUUUGUAGCCCGCGUCUUCCACCAGGCCAAACGUCACAUCUUUGUUGAUGACAACAUCCUCAACGACGCCAUCCAGUGGAUGAUACAGCAACAAAAUACGGACGGCAGCUUUCCGGAACCUGGCGAGGUGCUUAGCCGUACCAUGCAGAGUCAAGCUGGGUCAGGGGUCGGGUUGACCCUGUUUGUGCUGAUCUCGCUUCUGGAGAACCGUGAUGCCCGAGAGAAUAUGAAUGUAACCGAAGCUAGGCGUAAGGCUCUGGCCUACGCUGAAGUGGAAGUUGCCAAGAUGGAUGAUCUCUACGUUCUCGCCAUGGCGUCUUACGCUUUCCAACUGGCCGGCAGCAAAAUGACCCAAGCUAUUCUAGACAAAUUGGAGGCCAAGGCAACAAUCAAAGACGGCAUGAAGUACUGGCACCAGCCGGAGCCACCAAAGACCUCUACCUACACCUGGCAGAGCCCCAACCCCACCAAGGCCGUUGACAUAGAGAUGACCGCCUACGUCUUGCUGACCUACACAAAGCGGAGCGACUUGGUGGCGGGCAAGAGCAUCAUGCAGUGGAUCACCAAACAGAGAAACGCCAACGGAGGCUUCACGUCCACACAGGACACGGUCGUGGCACUGAACGCCAUGAGUGAGUACGCCAAGCAGACGUACAGCAACAACUUGAAGCUUCACAUCACAGCCACGCUGGAGUCUAAAUCCAGCUUUAGUACCAACAAGAGCAGUUCCCAGGGGUUUGGCAUCGUCUCUGUCUCCUCACAAUCUGAAGCUUCAUCAACCUUCACCUUUGAUAUAGACAAGUCCAACUCACUUUUGGUGCAGACGAGCGAGAUUGCAAGUUUACCAGCAAAAUUAACAAUCAUCGCUCGUGGCUCAGGUGUAGCUUUAGUUGAAGCAGCCGUGUUUUUCAAUGUUCUCUCAGAAAUAGAGACCAUUACAUUUGAUCUAAAAGUUAAAAUUGUAGAGGAGACACUUAACCUACUAGUGUUGGAGACUUGCACAGCGUGGAGGGGAAAUGGCCAGAGCAGUGGAAUGGCUGUCCAAGAGUUGGGUAUCCCAUCAGGCUUUGAUGCUGACCUUGAGAGUAUUACCAAAUUGGACAUUCUAAAGAGAGUCGAGACACAAAACAAGAAGGUCAUUCUCUAUUUUGAUAAGAUCGGCACGACGCCCGUGUGUUUAAACCUUAGAGUCAGACGAGUUGAUUUUGUUGCCAAGUCCCAGCCAGCUGCCGUCAGGGUCUAUGACUACUAUGAGCCACGAAACCAGGUGACGGUUUUUUACCAGUCCGAAAUUCUGGAGGAUUCUUCCAUCUGUGACGUCUGCAAGGAUUGUAUUAGCUGUGCCUAGGUUAUGUUCGUUUAUUCUGCGCGACAGAUUAAGAGACAACACUGAUGUCCGCCUAACUUUCCGUGAUGUGUGGUAAAGAAAUCCAACAAGUCUUAGCUACAUUUAAUUUAUAUUAUAGCAAUGAAAAUAGAAAUGUAGGUGAUGAUGUUUGAUACAACAUAUGAUACAAUAAAGCGGCAGUGAGCUCUCUUAAACUU